GCCUCUGGAUAGGAGUCCCCAUUAUCACUUAUAAAGUUUUUGCAUCUUAAUUGUUUUGGAUAUUACUUUGAAGGUUAACUUUUCUUAUUUUGAAGGUGGAGAAAACAAACAAGCCCUUGUCAAAUUGGUAACUUGUGAGAGAUGUUCUGAAAAUCUUCAUUACUAAAGAUUGAAAGAGAAAGAGCAAAUGGAAAAAGAAAACAACCAAGAGAACAGAAAAAACAGGUCUCAAGAUGAUUUUGCAUAAUCUGAUUUAUGUUUUUUGACUGUACGAAAGAUAACCAAAACUUCACUCGCAGGAAUCGAUCAGGUGACGAUGAUGAUACUGAUUGUGAGGGGAGCAAAGCAAGGAUAAAAGCUGAUUCUACUGAUGUUGCUGAUGAUGAUGCUGAUAUUCCCCCUCAUCUAAAAGAGUAUGAUGUGUUUAUCAGCUCCAGUGGUAAGGACACCCGCCUAGGUAUUACCAGCCAUCUUCAAGCUGCCUUACUUCAGAAGAAAAUUAAAACCUACACCGAUAAUACGCAUCUUCGGAGUGGAGAAGAAAUUGUACUUGCCCCUCAGGAAGCAAUUAAGAAAUCCACGAUUUCGGUGAUCAUUUUCUCACAAAACUAUGCUUCUUCCACAUGGUGUUUGGAUGAGCUUGUGCAUAUACUCAAAUGCAAGGAAAGAUACCGCCAGGUGGUCGUACCCGUAUUCUACAACAUCAAUCCAUCUGAUGUACAAAAACAACACGGGAGUUAUGCGGAUGCAUUUGCUCAGCACCAAAAACGUUUCAAGGACAGUAUCGAGACGGUGCACAAGUGGAGGGAUGCUUUGAAGACUGCAGCCAAUCUAUCUGGGUUUAAUUAUUCAAACAAAUCCGGGAAGGAGGCAGAUCUAAUUAAGAAUGUUGUCCAUCAUAUUUGGACCAAAUUGAUUUGUGAAUCAUCAUGGGAUUUAGAGGGCCUGGUUGGAAUUAAAAGCCGCAUCGAGCAAAUUGAAGAGCUAUUGGGCAUUCAUUCACCGAACGCUUGCAUCACUGUAGGUAUUUGGGGCAUGGGUGGUAUUGGCAAGACCACCCUUGCUGAAACUAUCUUUCACAAACUCUCCUCUAAAUUCGAAGCCUCUUGUUUUCUUAGAAAUGUGAGGGAGAGAGGACAAAAAGAUGGGCUACAAAACUUGGAAAAUGCACUUCUCAGUGAGAUAUUAAAGGAAGAAGGUCUAUCCAUAGGAUCAACUUUUGUUCGAGAAAGGCUCAGCCGUACAAAGGUCCUCAUUGUUCUUGAUGAUGUGAGUGAUUCAAUGCAAAUGGAACGUUUAGUUGGGAAUCGUCUUCGGUUUGGCACUGGAAGUAGAAUCAUUAUCACAAGUAGAGAUAGGGGCACUCUUAGGCAAACUGUUGAAGAGGACAAGAUCUACGAGGUUGAGGGUUUAAAACUGGGCGAAGCUCUUGACCUCUUCCAUUUGCAUGCUUUCAAGAAUAACAGUAUUCGUAGAACAGAUUGUGAGGAGUUGGCAGAAAAGGUCGUGGAUUAUGCUGGAGGACUUCCUUUAGCUAUUAUAGUUCUGGGGUCCUUUUUCUUCAAUUGCAAGAGCAAAGAAGACUGGGAAGAUAAAUUCAACAGAAUUGGAAAAUGGCUCAAGAAUAAUAUCCAGCAAGUGUUGAGCAUAAGUUAUGAUAGAUUGGAUAAAAAUGCAAAGGAGAUAUUUCUGGAUAUAGCAUGUUUUCAUAAAGGGAGGCAUGUGGACGAGGUAAAAAGAAUGUUAGAUGUCCGUGGAUUAUUUGGAGCAGCUGGAAUUAAAGUUCUCGUUGAUAUGUCUCUCAUAUCAAUUCAUUCAAAAUGGGGAAUCAUAGAGAUGCAUAAUUUGCUUGAAGAAGCGGGAAGGACAAUUGUUAAGGAGCAAUGUAUUGAAGAUCCUGGUAAACGUAAUAGAUUGUUCAACGACGAAGAUGUUUACCAUGUAUUGGAAAGUAACAGGGAAAUUCCAAAUGUUCAAGUCAUAUCGGUUAAUUGGUAUCAGUUUAAAGAGCGACCAUUGAAACGUGCAGACUUCAGUAAGAUGCCUAACCUAAUGAUGCUAAUUGCUUUUAGCAGUGAUGUGUUUGGCAAUUGCUUCAAAUUCACCGCUUCUCUAGACCUUCCCGAUUCACUUCGUUAUCUUUACUGGUGUCAAUAUCCUUUGGAAUCUUUGCCGUCAAAUUUUUCUCCGGAAAAUCUAGUUGAGCUUCAUAUGCCAUAUAGCAAUGUUAAGAAGCUUUGGAAAAAAGACCAGAGACUUGCGAACUUAGAAGUUAUCGAUUUGCACCACUCUAAAUAUCUAACUGACGUUCCAAAUCUCUCUGGGAGUCUAAAAAUUAUGGACAUAGAUCUCUUUGGCUGUGAAAGUUUGGUUGAAAUUCCUUGGCAUUUUCAACAGCUUGACAAGCUUACUUGUCUUGAUCUUGGAGGUUGUGCCAGUCUGAAGUAUCUUCCAGAGAUGCCAAGAAAUAUUAAAUACUUGGAUUUACAUGACUGCACAUCUCUUGGCUAGUUUUUUGAGCUUUCCAUGAAUGCCAAAUUUGUACUUUGAUAGCAAAUAGGCAAGGCUUUUAUUAUUGUAGGAGUGCAUUUUUGCUCACUGUCCUUAAGUGAUGGUAAUACUCACCAUCUUAUUUAUCAUCGUUAGAUGGGUUUGAAUUUUAAGAUUUAUGUCUAUCCACUACACAAAUAUCGAAAUUUAAACUCAUCUAAUUGUGAUAAAUACGGUGGUGAGCAUACAUCAUAUUUUAUGGUGAUGAGCAAAAAUGCUCCCUUAUUUUAGUAUUGUUUAUACAUUAUAAAACGCAAGUUAUGGACAAAUGUGGAAUAUCCUAUUUGUUAUCUUUAAAACUUGAUUUACAAA